GGGGUGGGACUGAAGAAGAAAGCUAACUUGACAGCAGCGCUUCUUUCUUAGCUAGUCACCAACCCCUGCCCAGGAAUGCCUGUAUGUGUAUAACCUCUGCAGAGAGGUGGUUGUCUGGGAAUCCCAAGGGGCCAUCUGAGCUUCCGAGAACUAGGGAGGAGCCGUCCCAGCCAUGAACCCCUGCGGGAAUUUGGUGGGGGCCAAGUGGCCUGGAGUCCUCACCCUCCUCCUGCUGCUCCGGAGGGAGAGGUGAGCGUGCAGGGCAGCUCGCCCCCAGCCAGAGGAACCGGGACCUGUCAUGGUGGCCGUCUGCAGCUGGCCUGAGGCACUCCCAGACGGGUUUGCAGCUGAGCCUGUUAGUCUUGUGGGAAGAAGAUGGGGAGUUAUUUGUCCGUCCCAGCUUACUUCACCUCCAGAGACCCUUUUCGGUGUUCAGAAUGCCAGGAUUCCCUCACCAACUGGUACUACGAGAAGGAUGGGAAGCUUUAUUGCCACAAGGACUACUGGAGGAAGUUUGGGGAGUUCUGCCAUGGGUGCUCCCUGCUAAUGACAGGACCUGUCAUGGUGGCUGGGGAAUUCAAGUACCAUCCAGAGUGUUUUGCUUGUAUGAGCUGCAAGGUGAUCAUCGAGGAUGGGGAUGCAUAUGCCCUGGUACAGCAUGCCACACUCUACUGUGGAAAAUGCCACAAUGAGGUGGUGUUGGCACCCAUGUUUGAGAGGCUCUCCACAGAAUCUGUUCAGGACCAGCUGCCCUACUCUGUCACGCUCAUUUCCAUGCCAGCUACCACUGAGGGCAGGCGGGGCUUCACCGUGUCUGUAGAAAGUGCCUGCUCCAACUAUGCCACCACUGUGCAAGUGAAAGAGGUCAACCGGAUGCACAUCAGUCCCAACAACCGCAAUGCCAUCCACCCUGGGGACCGCAUCCUGGAGAUCAAUGGCACCCCUGUCCGCACACUCCAAGUGGAGGAGGUGGAAGAUGCAAUUAGCCAAACAAGCCAGACACUUCAGCUGUUGAUUGAACAUGACCCCGUCUCCCAGCGCCUGGACCAGCUGCGGUUAGAUGCCCGGCUUUCUCCCCACAUACAGAAUGAUGGACAUUCUCACACCCUCAGCACUCUGGACACCAAGGACAAUCUGGAGGGGACACUGAGGAGACGCUCCCUGAGGCGCAGUAAUAGCAUCUCUAAGUCCCCUGGCCCAAGCUCCCCCAAGGAGCCCCUGCUGCUAAGCCGAGACAUCAGCCGCUCAGAAUCCCUCCGCUGUUCUAGCAGCUACUCACAGCAGAUCUUCCGACCAUGUGACCUGAUCCAUGGGGAGGUCCUGGGAAAGGGCUUCUUUGGGCAGGCCAUCAAGGUGACACACAAAGCCACAGGCAAAGUGAUGGUCAUGAAGGAGUUAAUUCGAUGUGAUGAGGAGACACAGAAGACUUUCCUGACUGAGGUGAAAGUGAUGCGCAGCCUAGACCACCCCAACGUGCUCAAGUUCAUUGGCGUGCUGUACAAGGACAAGAAGCUGAACCUGCUGACAGAAUACAUUGAGGGGGGUACACUGAAGGAUUUUCUGCGCAGUGUGGACCCAUUCCCCUGGCAGCAGAAGGUCAGAUUUGCAAAAGGCAUCGCCUCCGGAAUGGCCUAUUUGCACUCCAUGUGCAUCAUCCACCGGGAUCUGAAUUCACACAACUGCCUCAUCAAGUUGGACAAGACUGUGGUGGUAGCAGACUUUGGGCUGUCGCGGCUUAUAGUGGAAGAGAGGAAAAGGCCCCCAGUAGAGAAGGCCACCACCAAGAAACGCACCUUGCGCAAGAAUGACCGCAAAAAACGCUACACAGUGGUGGGAAACCCUUACUGGAUGGCUCCUGAGAUGCUGAAUGGAAAGAGCUACGAUGAGACAGUGGAUGUCUUCUCUUUUGGGAUCGUUCUCUGCGAGAUCAUUGGGCAAGUGUAUGCAGAUCCUGAUUGCCUGCCUCGUACACUGGACUUUGGCCUGAACGUGAAGCUUUUCUGGGAGAAGUUUGUCCCCACAGACUGCCCCCCAGCCUUCUUUCCCCUGGCUGCUAUCUGCUGCAAACUGGAGCCUGAGAGCAGACCAGCAUUCUCAAAACUGGAGGAUUCCUUUGAGGCCCUUUCCCUGUAUCUGGGAGAGCUGGGCAUCCCACUGCCUGCAGAGCUGGAGGAGCUGGACCACACUGUGAGCAUGCAGUACGGCCUGACCCGGGAUUCACCCCCCUAGCCCCAGCCCAGCCCCCUGCAGGGGGGCGUUCCACAGCCAGCACUGCCCCUCUGCGCCCUGUCCCUGCUGUGAGCAGGGCUGUCUGGGCUUCCUGUGGAUUGGCGGCUUGUUUAGAAGCAGAAUGAGCCAUCUCUACUACCUCCCCAGGAGGCGAGCAGGCGCACACCAGGAAAACACAUCUCUCUAGGUUUUGGGGCCUGGUUACUGUCUGUAAGUCCAACACUCGCCUGAAAGCUGUGAAGAAGAAAAAGCCUGGACUCUGGGCCAGGAGGAAUCUGUUACUCGGGACCCCUUGGGAACUCCCUGGCAGUGGGAUUCCAGGAGGCUCUUGCUUACACUAAUUGACAUGACUUGGACCUGCUGGGCAGGAUCCCAGGGUGAACCUAUGGGCUCUGAAGUGUCUGGACCAGCUGGGUUGAGGAAGGACUUCAAGUAGGAGUGUGGAUGAGAGGAAGACUGGUGGCCAAGUGGCACUUGAAGGGUAUAAAAUGACAGUGAUAUUCCCCAUUUCCACUCCAUGUUCUGAGUAGGGUGUGAAGAGUCCUAUAGUGUAUGAUGGAACUGACCAAGAAUCUAAAGAGGGUUAAUUCAUACUAUCUGCCAGCGGGUGGCUCUAGCCAGCUUAGGAACCACAUCAAUGUGUGAGGAUCUUCCACUUUGUGUUCUCAAAGUGUACUACUAGAGACUGGCCAAAAAAUUCUGGGUGGCAUCCUUUUCUCAACAAGCAGUCACCAAGAGCACAGAAACUGACUGGGGGCUAGAGAGAAAUAGGUUCUGUCCUUUAGAAAACCCAUAUCCUGGCUUCAGUCACUCAUAACUCAUACUCUGGUGGGUUCCUCAGUCAAAAGCCCGAGACAUUUUACCUAGAACUAGAUGAGUUCUGGAGGAUUGUAUGGCUUUGUCACAGGCCUAAGGUCUGAGGCGGGGGUUGGGGGUGGGUGUCUCACAGUCUCUUGGCCCCACCCUUAUUAUAACCACUGCUCACCCAUCAACAUUCCUAUUCCAAGUAGCAACUUGGAUUGGGAUGAGGUGGUGGCAGAAUCUCAGAUCUAAGACACUGAGACAGCUCCCUGAGCUUGGCCAUCUGGCUACUACCUCCCUUGUAGGCUGGCCCAGCUCCUAGAUCCUGACUAUGCCUCCUGAGCCCCACACUCCAGGGCCACGGGCACUGGAAAGCCCUGGAGGUACCCUCCACCUUGGUUCCCAGACCUCAAGGGAUUCUACAGCACAACUAGAUUUGCCUCUCCUAAGUGUCUGUGAGCUUGCACCAUAUUUAACAAAUUGGGAAUGGGUUUGGGGUAUAAAUGCAAUGUGUGGUGGUUGUAUUGGGGGUGGGGGUGUGUGAUACAGAAGAGUGGUUGCUGUUAAUAUUAUCUUGUUGUAUCUAUUGGGUGAUAUGUGAAAUAAUGUACAUAGACUGGAUGAGUUGGGGGAUGUCAUUUCUGGCCAGAGUUUAGACUAUACUUCUGUGUACAGAUUGCAGGUUUGCUGUAGGGUUGAGUCCUGGACUUCCAGCAGCAACGUGGUUCAGCGUUGUAUGGUUGGUUGUGCUUUAUCUGUCCCCAGCAAGUGUGGGAGUGGUGGGCCUGACCUGGGCCAUUGAGACUAAAUAAAUAAAUUAAGCAGUUAACAUAACUGACAA